AUAAGAGCAACAGGUCGACGUUCGGCACACCUGUCAGGUCCACUGGACGCAUCUGGAAGCAUCUGGCAGUCGCUGCAGCGUCCUCUCCUGUCCUCCCUUUGCGACCCAUCGGCUGCCAUGCGCUUCUGCGCCCUCAUCUUCCUCCUGCUGCUGGCCUUCCUCUGCCUCGCCUUGGCUCAAGGGUCAUACGAGGACUGCUGCCUGAAGUAUGUGAAGCGGAUGAAGAAGCUCAACGGGAGGAUGGUGCUCAGCUACAAGAGGCAGCUGGUCGACGGAGGCUGCAACAUUCCUGCCAUCGUGUUCGUGCUGAAGAAGCAGAAGCAAUUAUGCGCCGACCCGAAGCAGCCCUGGGUGCAAAACAUCGUGGCCACAGUGGACAAGAGGCUCAACGGCGCAAAGCACUCAGACGCUCAGAGGAAGAGCCGCUAAACGGGGGGCCCGUAAUCCGCUGCCCCCCCCGCCGCUUACCAGAAGCUCAACUGCUGCACCUGCAUCUCAGCCACCCUCGCCCGCCCGCCCCCUGUCCAGCCUAAUCCGCCAUGACCCCCCCCGUCCCCCCAGCGCUAAUGCGAUCGGAGCCUCGGCUCGGACGUCGGGUCCCGCUGGCAGUGCACCGCACGCGGGCGAUGGGCCACCGGCCAAGGACCGCGCUCACGUCACGCUCCCGCACACGUGAAUUAAUUGAACUUCACCGGAUGGAGCUUCGCACGCCGCUGAGCUACGCACUCACCGCUCGGCCGCUGUUCAAACGCACACCUUUGCAUGUGUCCUGGAAGCGGUGUUAUACGUGUCGUGUAUGACUGUACAACCUUCACUACAAUAAAGAGAACUCUUCUGG